ACGUUUCGCGCUGACCCGGUUUCGUUGGUCCUGACGUCCGCGAUCGACGUUCAUCCCUCCGCUCGUUCGUGUGAAUCUCGCGCGGGAGGAGCGAGGACGAUCGUGUGCGCGGUGAGAGAGCACGGUGGACGAGUCGAACGAGUGUGAAGGGUAUAAGGAUAGGAGAGAGAGAGAGAAAGAGAAAGAUUGCGAGUGGGGUGAGCCGUAACGACGACGUUCAUCGAUUCGCGCCGCGCUCUCACGGGGUUGCGUGCGAAACGCAACGACGGAAAAAGCGCGAGAGCCCUACCCGCUGACGUACGUGCGUGUUCCUCCGCCUCGGCGCCCCGCGGCCCGAGGCCACAGUUCCGAGCGGUACCGGGAAAGUGAUCGGAAGUAGAACCGCAGUGCCGGCCAAGUUUCCCUCGCGCGAUUCGCGUGUCGACGGGCGCAACCUGGCGGUAACGAGCGACGACGAGGCUUCCGACGAGGUUGCACGUCGUCUGCUUCGAUCUGGUGGCGGUGGCGGUGGCGGCGGCGACGACGACGACAACGACAACGACGACGACGGCGACGGCGGUGACUCUUUCACGAGAGGUUAUGUCGCGGCGGUCUCGAUGACGCUCCUCUGACAGCAGUGGCGGUGACGGUGGGACGGACGGAGCGAGGGUGGCAACGGUCUCGUCAGGAAGUAUCGAAGUUGGCGCGAGGGGCAGAGAGGUGAUCAGCCGUGGUCUGGUUCCGGUGGUAGCGGUGGAAGCGGAAGCCGCUACACUAGCAAAAACAGAGGGCGAGGAGGUGGGGCCGGGUGAAGCUGGUGGUCCCGAUUUCGUUAGGAGAAGGAGACGCAAAUUUCAUCCUCAUUUUCAUUCACCCUCUCUUCUUUCUUUUUUUAUCUCUCCUUACGGGAGUGGUAAGUUUGAGGACGUUUGUCACCAAUCACCGGAAACGCUAUCGACCGCUGUGUGACAUCGACCCGCAACUAGUCUUCUCCCAUAGACAUAUGUGGGAGUAGGAACUACCGCUAUUCGUCAUCAUCGUAGAAAUUGCAUUUUGAGUUCUCCCCGACGAGAGGAGGGAACUCCGCCAGCCCCUCUCGUACGUUCGACGUCCCAGUAUCUCGGACCCGUUAACGGGGGUUCAUAAGGCACGCUCGUUAUCUGCCAGACAUCAUGAACGAGCUCGACAGCCUUCGUCAAGAAGCGGAGACGCUGAAGAAUGCCAUUCGGGAUGCCAGGAAAGCAGCAUGCGACACAAACUUGGCCCAGGCCACGUCGGGCAUGGAACCCAUCGGUCGCAUACAAAUGCGAACGAGACGUACGCUUCGCGGUCAUUUAGCUAAAAUUUAUGCGAUGCACUGGGGAAGUGACUCGAGGAACCUAGUCUCCGCAUCGCAAGAUGGCAAACUGAUCGUUUGGGAUAGUUAUACCACCAAUAAGGUUCACGCGAUCCCAUUACGGUCUUCAUGGGUAAUGACUUGUGCGUACGCUCCUUCGGGUAGUUACGUGGCGUGCGGCGGGUUGGACAAUAUUUGUUCCAUCUAUAGUCUUAAAACUAGGGAAGGAAAUGUACGGGUGAGCAGAGAACUUCCAGGUCACACUGGGUACUUGUCCUGCUGUCGAUUCUACGACGACAACCAAAUCGUUACCAGCUCCGGCGAUAUGACUUGUGCUUUGUGGGACAUCGAAACUGGCCAGCAGUGUACCUCGUUCAUUGGACAUACUGGCGACGUGAUGUCCCUAUCGUUGGCGCCGGAUUCACGCACCUUCGUGUCCGGUGCGUGCGACGCCAGCGCGAAAUUGUGGGACAUUCGUGAAGGUUCCUGUAAGCAGACCUUUCCUGGUCACGAGAGUGAUAUAAACGCCGUCACGUUCUUCCCGAAUGGAUACGCCUUCGCGACAGGCUCGGAUGACGCGACCUGCAGACUUUUCGACAUCAGGGCGGAUCAGGAACUCGCGAUGUACAGUCACGACAAUAUCAUUUGUGGCAUUACCAGCGUAGCUUUUAGUAAGAGCGGUAGAUUAUUGCUGGCAGGCUAUGACGAUUUCAAUUGUAACGUUUGGGACUCUAUGAAGACGGAGCGAGCUGGAAUUCUUGCUGGGCAUGACAAUCGCGUGUCUUGUCUCGGCGUUACGGAAGAUGGCAUGGCAGUGGCGACAGGAUCCUGGGAUUCGUUCCUACGCAUUUGGAACUAACUUGGGGUUCGCUCCAGGACGUUCCUUCAAAGAACCAACUACAGUCAACCAGUAUAUAACAUAAGAAUCAAGUACCACCAUCUGACCACCGAGCAAGUCGGCGUGCCAGCAGUUACGACGCUGGCGAACAACCCGCCAGGUUCACUGGAGUUGACGCUGAUCAGAAACUUUGAAUACCGGAUUAGCAGCAGUAGCAGCAGCAACCGCAGCAGUAGCAACAACAAUAAUAAUUAUGUUCGUAUAAAGACCUAUGACAACAGCGGCAACAGCAACAACGGCAAUUUUAAGAACGUUUUGGAUUGUGUUGGUGAAAAAGAUUUCCGCGACAAGCGCAUCGUACUUGGCCUGAUCUGGCGACGUGAUAAAGUUGGCAAGAAGGAUCACGAAUAUCAUCGUUUCUAGGAAGAAAUGACUCUAGUUGAGUCGUAUAUGAAGAUACAUUGCGAUAGAAGAGCACACAGCGCAGGACGAGACGUAAGAAUAAGUGCCGACAAGGCCGACAGUAAAAAAAUUCUACGCGGCACUAGGCGCAGACUUUCUUUUUAUCCUCCCCUUUCUCAAGGACUUUCUUCGCGAAUCUUCGAGAGGCACGUGCUGUUGCAUGACUUAAUAGUUUUUUCCCAUGGGGGUACUUUCAGUCGAGAAUACUGAAGUUCGAAGGACAACAAUCUCGUGCCGACGAUCGUCAAGAGAUUUCCAUCUCGUAUCAAGAGUUCAAGCGUUCACUGCCGAAGAAACGCUGUUAAUGAUUGCUCCGGCGGUUAGCUGCGGAUUGCUUUUUCAAUGCCCUAAAUGAGAUUUUAUCGGGCACGAUACGUAAUCGUAACACUGCGUCGUGACUCGAAGAUAAGAAGCAAGCACGGCCAAACUCGUAAUAAUCCCGUGAUGAUGCGUUCAAGUUUAUACGGCGCAUAUUCAACGCACAUUUGUAUCGAUGGAGAUUCACGAUGCGAAUUGCAUACACUUACACAUGAAAACGGAGGAAAACGGUGCAGAUCGUCCAGCAGCAUCGAAACAAAUCCAAGUCGCACAUACUCGUCACAUGAGCUUUGCCCUCGUGCAUGAGUACCGAAUAUUUGAGCGGAAAAGAAGAGAAAUAUAUAUAUAUGAAAAAAUGAUAUCACUUUUCUUACCAUGAUAAGAUACGCCGACUUUGCACCACUAUUACUAUUAUUACGAUUACUAGCACCACGAUCCUCUCGAUUGAUUUUAUAGAUGUAUCGUUAUUUAUUUUGUAUAGACCUCUGCCAUAGGCCGCCCCGCGUUUUUUGCGAAUGCGAGAGUGAUUGAGCAUGUUGUAAGAGAGAUCGAACAAGAGAGCUAUGAAAGCGUGAAAAUGAGAGCGAGGCGCGCGGCCAAUUGUCAAUCAAAAAAAAAGGAAAAAGUGACACGAGACGCGCGAAAUGAAUACUGAACAUAUAGAAUAGAGUUGCUCCUUUGAUAAAUAAUUCAUCUGGACGUUGACGUUCACGGAAGAAUUACUAGAAAACUAGGAGCAGCGUACUAAAAUUUGGGAGUGAGCAAAUCGGGUUUCAUAUGCUUUUGCAUCACAAACGCGUUACGAUCGCAUAAAAUGAUGGGCCAGCGUAAAGUGUCGAAUACGUUUAAUGUAAUGUGUAAUCGUUUAGUUCAUAGUGUCCAUACCUAAAACCAUUCUCCCCCCGCCCUCUGUCCAGUUAUCUCUACGGCAACGGCGAGAAGGAGAGAAUUAAUCCCCGACUGUCGUCUCGGCGGUAUCUCUUCCCUACUGUCGAUUGAACGCCAAUCAAUUCUCGUGCACGAGGCGGGCACGUGCUCUCCGAUCGAAAGAGUCGUGCUAAAAGUACCUUUGAAAUAGGACCCAAAGAAUCCCAGGUUAAUAAAAAGGGCCGCGAGACUAAACUUUCUCUCCCUUUUAUCAUUAUUUUUUUAAAAAUAUUUUUUUAUAUCAUACGUACAUUGUUUUUUAUGAUCUUUUUCGUAACAUAUAAGUACAUAUUUUUUUCCUAAUAACUUUCAUUUGCAUCCCGUUUCCGUACUAUCAUCAUUUUCCUUCCCCUUCUUUAGCUCCUCUGUUCUAUUCUUUUUUGUCAGAAAUAAAUGUUGAAACUGUGUAUGCAUUUAAAAUUAUAUUAUUAAUGAUAAUGAUUAUACUAUUAAUAUUAACGAUGAUCGUAAUUUAUAAUUAUUAAUAUUUAAUAUAUAAGUACAUAAGAUCGGUGGUUUUUCUUAAUAUUAUAUAAUUUAAUUGCCUUCCGGUAACCACGUUUAAGCAGUGUCUUUUUUCCUUUUUUAACAAUUUUGUAUAUUUAUCAUACACAUAUGUGUAAUUAUAUAAUACGAUUUGCUCUUUAUUUACAGUAAACAAAUAUCUUAAUUUGAUGGGAUUUUGUGAAUCUUUUUUAAUUGUAAAUAAAAAAUAUGAUUUAUACACAUGAAAAAUUGUGUAUUAUAAUAAAAAUUACAAUGGGAUGUAUUGGUUACUGAAAUUGAGGGAAAAAGGACUGUGGAUUCCGGAAAGCGACUAUCAAAACAUUUCUUUCCCAGUGGAAUCAAAAAUAAGUAACCUAGCUUCGGAGCAAGCGAGCACCAAUCUUCGUUUUUCAAGAGAUGUUAUAAAUCUUGAACAUGUUAAAAUUUCGCAAAAUUGGUUCAUUUUUACACGUAUAUAUAAACUAAUCUCGCUUAUGUAGUGCUUUGUAAUGUUAGAUAUCAAACGGGCAAAUAUUCUUUCUCCGCCUCGAGAGACAAGAUCCUUGUUCCUUCGAUUCUUUGUAUAAUUAAGAAUUUUUCCAAAGUUCGAUGUAAGACUGGGCGCUCUACGUUAAAAAUGCACGACGGAAAUUAAAAUAAGGCGUCCACUUUUCGGUAUUUUUGAAAUAGCUUCAAAGCGAAAGAAGGAAUAAUCGUAGAACAGAGAAUUACGAAGGAAUAGGAAAUUUUAGCGAACAGAUUAAUGGAAACAGAUCUGUGCUUUUGCAUUUCGCGAUUCCGUGGCUUUCCCGAAGGGGCCAAAUUUUUUCCAUUUUGUACCUUGAAGGAAACGAUAUGGUUUCUUACUUUUGGUACAAACAUAAAAAAGAAAUAAUACCGAUGAUACAAAAUUAACAAAUUAUUAAGCCUCUAGUCAUAUAAUGGCAUGCGCGUGAAAAAUGAAAGAAGACCGACAGGUAAAAUUGUAAGCAGAAAUAUUUUUUCGAAAUGUUUUCUUGUUUGCGCGAAUAAGAUUGCGAAAUCUGUUUUAACUGUUUAAUUUAUUUUUCCCUUUCGAAAAUGUUGCACUCAUGCUUAUAUCAAUACGAUGUAGGAGGAAAAAUAACGGUAUGAAGACAGCUCUGGUAAAAGCAUCUUUCCCUUUUUUUUUGAGCUUUUAAAAAUAAAGAAUAAAAUGUGUUUGAAAAAAGAAUCAAAAGUGGCGUUUCCGUUAUUUUUUUUAUCGCUUCUUCGCUUUCUGUUUCCUCCCUUCGCAAAUGACAUAUCAUGUGUCUUUUAUAGUUUCAUUAAUCUGACGUUUUCUUUACGUUUUGAUUUUGAACAUACAUAUUUUGAUUUCUUUCACUACUCACAUUUGUUAAUGUCUUAAGAUAACGUGCUAAAACGAGGUCUAGAAAAUUGACGUUGGGUCCUAUUUCAAUUAUAGAGUAAUCAUCACUGGUAUACACAUACAUAUAAUUAAAUAAAGGGAGGGGGGGGGAAGGAGGAAAGAAAGGGAAGAAACAUGAAGAACGUGCCGACGACACUUUCGUGACUUGUUUUACGAUGGACGACGAGAAGCCGUCGGGAAUACUGCCUCUUUCAAGUUAUGCACAAAGAAAAAGAAUAAUUUACGAUAUAUAAUAAAUUACGAUAUAUAAUACGUGUAUUAUACAUAAAACACUAAACGUGCAAGCCACUGUUGAAGUUUAAAAAAGAAAUACGCAAGAGGAGCAAGUAGCCGUGUAAAACAACUAAGACGUGAAGAGUGAAAAGUGCAUCGAUGAAGAUCGAGUGGAGAUUAUUGGUGAACAUUAUUCAAAGGGAAAUGUAGUACAUUCACUCGACCGCAACAGAAAAUUGAGGAGCAAGACACGUCUUUACUGUUAACUGGUAGAUAGUUACAAAGAUUUCAUCACUUUUUUAUAUAUAAAAAUAUAUAUACGUAUAUAUAAAUAAUGAUAAUUAAUCACUAUUGACGGUUAGCCUAGGUCAUUCGCCUAUAGUCACUUUGCCACAGAGGACAUUUCCACGAGGCGCAUGAAUAUUCGAAGCAUAACGAUUUUCAUCGUUGAUAAAUCACACUUAUUUCUUAUCAUAUAAUUAUGUUAUAUCUCGUGGAUGUCCCUGUUGCAGAAUUUAUUAUCAUCGCACGAUAGGAGGAAUUGUUUCGCAGAUCUGUCGAGGAAAGAUGAAUUUCGUCGAGUUAUAGCGAUGGAUAAUCAUUGUAUUUGAAUCGGGAAUGAAUUUCAAAAUUUUUCUUUACCCUGUAUCGAGUGAUUCCAUUCCAUCUAGAUGUUUUAAAUACGAAGAGAGGUGUCUCUAUACAUACACGUAAUUAUAUUAUUUCUGUUGUAAUGAACUGCGUUAUUAUCUUUCGAUAUUACAUUAUUUGAACUUUUUUCGCGUAACGUAACGUCCAAUAAUAUUCCGCGGUAGAAAAGCUUGUGCGAAAAAAAAUAGUUCAGAAAUAAUUCUUUCAACAAACAUUAUCUACCCACUUUGAUUGGUCAUUGGAUAGAUCAUUUCGGUAGAAAAAAAUUGAGAUCUCUGUUUACUCACACAUACAUAUAAUUACAUUUUUAUGCUAUGUAAUAUCUAUUUACUUAAACUUUUGCCAGAAAAGUCAUCAAGGUAAUAUGAUAUCUGAUAACAUUCCGCAAUAGUGAAGCUCACGCGAAAAACAACCUAAAGAUGAUUUAAAAGCGAGCAUAAAAAAAUCAUCUGCUUCCGUUCACUGGUCAUCAAAUAGAUCACCUAUGUAGAAAAUCAAGCGGUAUAGCCCAUUUAUUCGAUGAGCAUAAUUAAAAGGAUUCGCGUACAAUUAAAAAUCAUCUCGGAGAACGUAUCUAAAUUCCCUCGUUGCAGCUUUUCUCAUAAAUAAUGCGUAAUAAAAAUUGCGCUGAAUGAGUAGGAGCUUUUGAUUAAUUAUUUUAUUUCGAAAAUCUCUUGCAUGGUUUGCAUGUGAACGGAUAAACGAGAAAAUCGCUUGACCGCCUCUUUUGCGCGUUUUUCUCUCUAUAAUUUAAGAUGACAGGUGUAACGGUGUAAGUUCGAAUGCGUUUCAGAUCUGCAAUAAGUGGAGGCUGCGAUAAACUAUUUGACUAUUUGUCGAAAUCAUCGCAAGUAUAUGAAUAUUGAUUAAAGAUUCAAUUGCCAACUGCGUUUUGUUACAAAUCAUUUAUUGCAUUCUAGCGCCUGAUUAUUAUGCCAAAAAAAAAAAACAUCGCAAACUGGUGUCGAGGAAACGAUGAGCGCACGAUUGGUAAAAUUUUUUUUUAUUACAGACGUAAAUAUAUCUUUAAAAAAUGUGCAUGCAAACGUGAGUGCGAAUCCUUCUAAACGAAUUGCGAAUUUGAGACACAAACUUUUUGUUAUUAAUAUUAAGCGUGUUAUUAAUAUUAAGCGUGAAAUCGAUUCCUUCACAGCGUUUUCCAUUGACAUAAGACGUGAUAACUCUAAUAACGAUCCGAAAUUCAAAUGAGAGAACGGCAUUUUUUAUGAACUUCAUCACUGAAACGUUAUGGUUUUGUACAGUUUCUUUUAGACACGCGCCUUAAAUCGUCUAACGAUUUUUACGUGAUUUUAUUGUAAAUCUAGCGUUACGAAAGUCUGGUGCAUUCGAUCUGCAAUCAUGAAGGAGAAAAGCGGGGAAUUGAUGAUCUUGCUGUAUUUUUGUGCACUUUAACUUUUUCAUGUUUUUUAACGUAAAUUAAAUACGGUAUAAUCCCAUUUAAGAUAAAACAAAAUCUAUUUUAACACGUUAGAUAAUGUCAUUCAAUGAUAUUCGAAACAUAUCUUGAGACUAAACAUUUGAUUUGUAUAUCUUUUCGAUAUAAAAUUAAUAUUGCUUUACUUAUCUUUCUCUUUUCAUCCCAGUUUUCCGCGAUGUUACAAUCAUAAUGUUACUUAUAAAAUAAUUAUCAAAGUACAAAGUUUGCCAGAAUUUAUUCACGAGGGCGUUAAAUCGCGCCCUUUUUACAAAAUAAAAGUGCAUCGCUUUUAAUCAUUAAGUUACGACGAAGCUUCGUCCGAACCGGGAACAAGUAUGAGAAAAAGUAUGAUGGAAGAAAUGGUGGGAGAGGAUUUAUUUUUAUUGCAUCAGAGCAAAAGACUGACGCGUUUUUUCAGUGUCAAAAUAAUUAAACGAUCUAUUAUAAAUAACCAAGUUGCAAAAUAAACAAAAGUAAAGAUGACGACAGGUAUGACACAGAGUUUCGUUGCUUUUACUUCGUGAUUGCAAAUUAGGGUAACCGGCAUUAAGUCUGUGUCUGAGGAUAAUUGCUUCUUUUAUAUUUUCCCUUGAGGAAUAAAGCAGAUACUAAGAAGCACGUUUCUCACAAAGGCGCCAUUCGAUUUUAAUAUCGACGAACUGUACGUAUUAGACGAUGAAGUUGAUGACCCUACAACAAAGGGACAAAAGAAAGAACAAAAAAACCGGGAAACUUUCCAAUUCUUGGAAAGAGAAACUUAGCAUGUAAGAUACUCUCUGUAACGUAAACCAUAAGUCGUAAGGUGUAAGGACUGUAAUACAUCAAAUAAUCCAUUAACCGCGACGGUUAACAACCAUAAAUGCGAUCGCGAUAACGAUAGUACGAAACGAUAAACCCAAAGAGACGUGUAAGUGUCGAUGAAGCGCCGAUCGAUGGGCGAUGACGACAAGAGUCACACGUUCACACAAGAGAAAACCUAAUAUCCCGAAUCGUCGCGAUUCUCUCAUUCUCACUGAUCCGCACUUGAUCGACAUUCGAGAGACACACGUUCCGAAGAAUAACUUACAAUUAUAGGGAGCAAACGAGAAUGCGAGCGAGAAAGAGAAGAGGCGCAUGAGAACUACAAUUAACUUACGUAAGAGUGUGAGGAGAGAGGAGAACAAAAAAAAGAGAAAAAAAAACAGAAACAAGAUACCAAAUUUGAUUUUUGCGUGCCUGUGCGGAGGAGCGAGGUGAUAUAUACAUGCAUAUUUAUAAAUCUAUUAUUAUAAACGAUCCUAUAGCGGAUACGUAGUCCUUAUGUUUGUUUGGGAUGAAGGAGGGAUAUACAUUCGUAUAAAUCCCUUUUAUAAGUAACAAGAUAAAGUGCGCGAAAAAAACGGGAAGUGAUAGAGACGAAAGAAAUCUGACGACAAAGGGGGACAAUUUCGUUUUACACGCGGUAUCACUCUAUAUAAAGAUAUUAUAAUAUCAAGAGCUUCUUGCCAAGUGACAAGAUGAUAGCUUCUGCAGGAAUAAGCGGUCCGAGAUCCAUCUAGGAUCUGUUUGGAAGCCAUAGGCUGACGAGAGAGGCGAUACGGUAAAGAUAUAAUAUAUUUAAACGUGACAGAUUACCAUUUCUUUCGCGUGCGACCGUUUAUCAUUGCACAUAAUUACAGAUUAAUUAUUAUUGCUAUUAUUAAUUACGGUUCAUCGACAUCACCGUCAUUGUCAUUAUUAUUAUGGUUAUUAUGAUUAUUAUGAUUAUAUAAUUGAUGUGAGUGUGGACACAAAAAUAAAGUGUACGUAGUA